UAUUUUUAUUGUCAAAUUGACAUACUGACUACAACAAAAAAUUAAAAUGUUUGGCCACAUAACUUAUAAAGAACCGAAACAAUUAAUUGCUUUAUCUGCUAAAGAAAUAGAGAAGGUCUUUCAAUCUCUGGACAUCUCUAUUCUUACUGCAAGCCAUGCGGAAAAUCUUAUGACUCCGUUUAUUUCAACUAUAGUGGGAGAAAUAUUUAGCAAGACAUUAGAAAAAAUGGUAAUUUUACGUGAAAUGUUCAAAUUCCAUGGUAAUUAUCCACAAGAAGAUAAUAUUGUUUACAAAAGUCUAAGAGAACGUUUUGGAUCGCGAGAUGUAGAAGAUAAUGUUCCUUUGGAUGAUGCAAACUACUUCAAAUUGCAAAAGAAAAUAAAUUUUUUGAUGUUAAUUUGGAGAGAGGCUUGUCAAGAAAUAAAGGAAUUCGGAACUUACUUAAAUGCGCAGGAAAUGUUUUAUGUUCUUAAUAGAAUGACCGAAGACGAAAAAGAAUUGAUGAUUAAAGAACCAAACAACAAAAAGAAAAUGAUAGAACUAAGAACGAAAGUAGCAAAGGAUAAAGAAUAUUAUACUAAAGAAAUCGAGGAUAUAAUUAAAAAAAUAAAUGUUUUUAAGUAUACUUUAGAAGAUGUCAAAACAUAUUGUGCCUAUGAACUAAACUAUUUAAAAGAUUAUGAAGAUGCUCGAGUUGAACAGAAUAUUGCAUUUUUAAAAGAUAAGGAAAAUAACUCUGAAAACGAAAUUAACAAAAUAAGAAGAAGAGUAAACGAUGAAAACCUAGUACACGAAUUAAUAAACACUUUCAUAGAAGAAAGUAGAAACGAUUUUAUAGAAGACAUGGAAAAGUGGAUGAAAACUUACGAUGAAGAAGUGGAAAGGCGAGAUCAGGAAAUUAUAACCAUUAGGGGUAACAUUGACAAAAUAUUGGUUGAUAUACAAGAACAAAAGAAGCAGUUCGAGGAAAGACAGAAGCUAAUCGAAGAGUGGCAAGAAUAUAUGAAAAUUAAAACUGAAAAAGAAAAUCGGGAAGCGCGGGAAUUGUGGGCUGCAACCACUUUGCAGAUUUGGUGGAGAUUUAUGAUGAAACACCGGAAGUUAGGUCCGUAUAGGAAGGGUAAAAAAGGAAAGGAUAAGAAAAAGAAGAAGAAGAAAUAACUAAAUAAGAUAUUUAAAUAUUUUAUUUGUAUAGCUAUGAAGAAGUUUAAAUAAAAUUUUAAAUGAUACCUUUAGUUUUGACCAGUUAAUCGAUGUUGGCAUAUCUUUAAAUUGUUUCUUAAUAUUAUUAAGAUCCCCUAUUAAACUCUCUCCAACUUCCAUUGUUUCCUUUAGCACUUGUUCGCUAUUUUGUAAUUUUACAUUUAAAGAUACAACUUCUAAAUUGUAAUCUAUUUUGGAUCUUUCUAACUUAGC